CCUGCUGGCGGACGCUACACCAGACAGAAGCGGCCGCUGCUCUCCUCGUCCACACACCACAGCGCCUCCGGGAUGACUCGGCUGGGCGCCGCGAUGCUGCUGUUGGCAGCCCUGACGGCGGGUGUGGGCGCGGCCGGCAAGAUGCGCAUCCUCAACGCCUGGCGGACGCUCGACUUCGCCUUCCCGUCGGAGCUCACGCGCCAGGCCAUGAUACGCAACGGCUCCUACGUUCCAGGGAACUCCAUCCCUAUUGACGUACAGCCUUGGCAGAGCGAGCGCGGCCUGUGGAGCAUGCUGGUGACGAUUCCGCGCUUCAAGAAGGGCGUACCCGCCACGCUGGCCGUGGUGCCGCCCAAGGGAGACACCAGCACGCCGCUGCUGCCCUUCCCGGACUGGCGCUCCAACCUGCAGGGAAACUGCGACGGCUUCACCUCCGUCUUCAGGGUGCAGGUUGACUCUUGCGGCCGGUUGUGGAUUCUGGACACCGGCUUCGUCGACAUUUUGACGAACGACUUCAGGCGGAUAUGUCCGACCAAGGUGGUGGUGUUCAACAACCGCGGCGAGAAGACGCUGAGCUACGAGUACCCGCACGACGUGCUGACGGCCUCGUCGCUGCUGGUCACCAUUGCCGUGGAGUCGCGCGACGCGGCGUGCACCAGCAACUUCGCGUACGCCGCCGACGUGACGGGCUUCGGGCUGGUCGUGCUGGACGAGCAGCGGCGCCGGUCGUGGCGCGUCACGGCCAACUACUUCUUCCCGUACCCGCAGUGGGGGCACUUCGACCUCAACGGCGACUCGUUCGACCUGAUGGACGGCGUGCUGGGGCUGGCUCUGGGGCCGCCCGGGGCGGACGGCGACCGCCGCCUCUACUUCCACAGCAUGGCCUCCGACCGCGAGUCCGCCGUGGCCACGUCCGUGCUGCGCAACCACUCGCUCUUCGAGGACGGCGUCAACCACGCCAGCCGCGAGUUCCUCCUGCUGGGCGAGCCGCGGCCCGGACAGACGGCGGCCGAGGCGAUGGACGUGGACGGCGUCAUGUUCUUCAGCGUGCUGCCGCGGAACACGCUCAACUGCUGGAACUCGCGCUCCAGCUACGGCGGCCGGAACAUCGUCGAGCUGGACCGCGACGCAGACAACCUGCAGUUCGCCAGCGGUGUCAAGGUCAUCCAGGACAGCAAGGGCCGCAGCCACCUCUGGGUGCUCACCUGCCGCUUCCAGAAGCACAUGACGGGCACCAUCGACAACUCGGAGAUCAACUACAGGAUCCUGGCGUCGCCGGUCGACGACCUGGUGCGCGGGACGAGCUGCGCGGUGGAGCGCCAGCAGGCGCCGCGGCCCCAGCAGCAGCAGCAGCAGCAGUCGCAGCAGCGGCCGUCGUACGGCGGGCCCAGCGGCGGCUACUACGGUAGUGGAGGCCUGCUCUUCCAGUAGCGGGCAGCGCGCCAGCUGGCUACUCAUACAAACACUGACCGCCAUCCCCUCUGGCUGCGGCGCGACACCCGUACUCGCUGCGCCCACAGUGUCAGCCACAGGCGCUACCCGGUGAUUUCACUCACAGAAACCAGCCUCAGCCCCGCACAGUUGAAGCUGACGCAAGGACUUUCCGUGAAAGUUCGAAGCUCCACCUUCUCAUUUCAUCGCUUCGUUUACACAAAACCACUACAUUUUCAGCGUGUAUGUUCGAGAAGGACCGGCGUUAUUAACUCGAAUGUCUGCCUUCUUUUAAAAACAGGGCAACAUUCAGAAAGAGAUUUCCCUAACACAGAGCGUAAAAGACGAAAGCGUCCCUAGAAUUUCACUACAGAUCACUACAUCGGUUUAUAGCACACUGUUUACUCAGUACCCAACUUGGAAGGAAUGUCUACCGACAAGCUUUGAGUGGUGUUUUCAGGGCUGUAUGCUGAAUGUUUUGAUACGAGAAGUCUGGCUUUUCUAAUGUUACUUUACCCUCUUUCUUUCCGAGGGUAUUUGUACGACAGUAUUCAGUCCAGCGGCACGACGGACAGAAGAACUUCUCAUAUCAUGUAUCUAUAUGCCACACGGUGAAGAGUCGGUGAUGUGCAGUAUCUCAUCGCCACAAUAUGCAUCACUCCCCAUGGUAACUCCUGAACAUCUUCUCGGUGUCUCAUGAACUGAGAGCACAUCACGCUACUGAUGGUGUAACGUCACAGAAUUAGGAUGUUAAGCUACGCUACCACCACAGUCCAAUUCCAGAGCAGUAGGCUAUAUAUUUAUUUUUUUUUAAUUCCAGUCGACGAUCACAAAAAAUAGUCGUCAGAUUAUCGGUUUUGGUCCAGAAUGACCAUCUUCAGACCUGAUGAGACUAGCAGAUUACCACAUCACCAUAUUAUUCUAAUACGAUUAAGCCGAAGUGGCACGGUCAAAAGAUACAAGCAAAAUUAGCUUGGCGCCAUUGAAAAUACAAUAGUGUAGUAUAAACCACACUACACUGCCGGAAGAAUCAUAAUGUGAACGGCACUAUCCCCUUAGGAUAUUACAAAGCUUCUCUGUUUUAAUCAGAUCUGAAGGCGGUCAUUAUGGACCGAAGUCCAUAGUCAGAUGACAAAUUUUUGUGAACGUCGAGUGGAAUGAAAAGAAUUCUGUACUUUCUCUAUCACUGGCUCUAUUCAGGCCUAUGUCGCACCUUGUGUGAUCAGUAUCUAUAUUCCGCUUCUGCGUUCCCCCUCCCCCUCCUUCUUCUCUUCAUCAUCGCCAUUGACAGUGCUAGAAGAUGCACCUGUAACAUUCAUCAGUACUCAAACGGCUAUUCAUAGGACAUACCACUCCAGACUUUAACGAAGAACAAGUGCCAUUCACUCGAAGAAGCAAACCUUUCUCGAGCAGAUGAGUAAGACUGUCCGUCAGGAUCUGUUUGCCGGAAUAAUAUCACACGACUUUACAUUUUGCCGAGUGGUUUCAUCAUUAGGCGUUGGGUAAAUAAUAUCUUUAUGACUGCGACAGCUGGAGUUCGACAUCAAAACAUAAAUCAACCGUUCAUUUAAGUUCUGACAACACAAACUUCAUGGACCUACAUACCGAUAACCAACCCUCACAAAAUAGAAAUUACGCAACAGUUGCAAAAGGUGCUAAAUAUGGCGCCCACACUUCUCUUAGAAUGCCGUUCAGUAUAUGUGCUGUCAUUCUGUCGAUAAUUUUGCUACUGAUAUGGAAGAAAGUGUUGUCCACUGUUCCAUCGCAUAAUAAUUGAUACGUGUAUAAGCUACCAGUGAUCCAAUCCAGUGUUUCUCUACCUGUUACAAAAUGUAACACUAUAAGAUUCAAAGUCCUUCGAAAAAAUAUAACAUGUAGUUUACGUACGGAAACAGUACUGUAAGUUGUUUCCACAACAUAUGUCACUGGUGUACUAUACACCGAAAGUUAAAAGGGAAUGUUCAAAGAAAUCCCCACUGUCUAACAAACUUCCGUGGAUGCACGGUAGAUCAUAAACCCUACUAUUGGAGAAUAUCCUUAUAUUGUUUCUGUAACUAAUCAAUAAGUAGUCAAACUUUUUUCUUGGAGGGUUGGUGUCAAGCUGCAGUAGGUUUCAUGCAACCAUAAUCAGCACCAAAGUGGUUUAUAUAUCUUCCAGUUUGUAUAUAAGCUUUUUCAACAGCAGUGAUUGGGUUUAAAAAUAAACCAAUCCGAGAUAUCCAAAACGUAGUAGUUAUUCUAAAUGGGUAGAGAGAUUUGUGUGAAGCCAAAAAUUACGUACUUUACCUCAUCUAUAGACCCAGAUUCUGUCCAUUCCUUCCAAUACUCCUCAUUGCAGAUAUGAGGUUUUUUUCAUUUUUUACAUCUCGUGUACCAUGAAUUUUUAUAUAUCGACACUUAAAGGCAGUUUUGCUUCAUAAUACAAUUCAUACCAUCCUCACUGGUUAACAGAUCUUAGUACCUCUGAUGAAAACAGUACUCAGGGUAACAAAACUGUGUGUUGGAGGACAUGACAAGUACCAAAGUGCAUCAUCUUCAAUAUUUCGUCAGACUAACAUUUUUCUCAUACCUUUUACAGUGAAUUAAUUUAUCAAUGUAAUAUUUAUGUAUCAAUUACCAUUUAUGUAUCAUUACAUUUUUUGUGUUUCUCAUGCAACAUUUAAGCACUAAAUCAAAAAGUACAAGCCACCUUUAUAUAUGCAUAAUGCAUACACUGCUAAUCAUUUAAUAAUAUUUGAGUAUUUAUUUAUUUUAUAAUAAUGUGUCUGGUUGUCAUCACCAAUAAAUAUCUAAUAUUCGAAAAAAUA